CCCAAUUCCUCAGCGACAUUAUUCGGAUUCGACGACUACUACCACAGCUCCUCGGCCGUUAGAGAUUCUUGCAAUUUGUUAGUUUUGUCAGUGAAUUCUUCACUUUACGAUUCCCAUCGACCUUUGCGACCCCAGCGCCACAACCUCGACUGCAAAAAAUUCGGGAUUUUGGGAGGAAGAGAAGGAAUUCGAGGCCUACACAUACAGAAUGCCAGCACCCACAGCCCUUCUCCGGAAGCCCGAAGCGCUGGCCGAGAAUCAGACCCUCGCCCCAGAAUCAGUGCCACUCCCCGCAGACAAUGACGUCGACCUGCUGCCCAUGGAGGUUCUGCCCGCCGAGACACCCGCCAAUGCUCCCGAAGCGCCGUCAGAAGAUGCGCCGAUGACCACUGAUGAGACGGGUCGCCCUAAGUUCGAACCAGCGAGCUCCAUACCCCUUGCAUUCCGCCGCGAACAGCGCAAAGUGCCUGUCCCGCCGCACCGUAUGACCCCGCUGAAGGACUCAUGGCCAAAGAUAUACCCCCCGCUGGUCGAGCACCUCAAGCUCCAAGUGCGCAUGAACGUCAAGGCCAAGAGCGUCGAACUCCGUACUUCGAGCCUCACGAACGAUACGGGCGCGCUUCAGAAAGGAGAGGACUUCAUAAAGGCAUUCUGCCUGGGAUUUGAUGUCGACGAUGCUAUUGCCCUUCUGCGCUUGGACGACCUCUACAUCGAAACUUUCGAGAUCAAAGACGUCAAGACGCUACAUGGCGAGCAUCUCUCCCGCGCCAUCGGCCGCAUCGCAGGCAAAGACGGCAAGACCAAGUUCGCCAUCGAAAACGCCUCCCGAACACGCAUCGUGUUAGCCGACCAGAAGAUCCACAUCCUCGGCGGCUUCAAGAACAUCCACAUCGCCCGCGAGGCGGUCGUGAGCUUGAUCCUGGGUGCUCAGCCAGGCAAGGUGUAUGGCAACUUGCGGACGGUGGCAAGCAGGAUGAAGGAGCGGUUUUGAGCGCGCUGCUGUCUGAUGAGUGGAGUGGAGUGGGCAGGGUGUGUGUGGCAAAAGUGAUUGAUGGCAUUUCUGGGCGUUUAUGGGGGGGGAAAAUACCAUUGAGGGAGUGAUUGAUGGAGGGAUGGGAUAGAUCUUUGCUUGCUUGCCUCUUUAGCUGAG